GUGGACCAGCGUAUUCUCAUAUUGCACAUUAAAGGUCCCAUACUGUUAAUUCUAAAAUAUGGCUUUUUUCAUGAUAAAUGAGGUCUAGGGGCUAUGUAAGUACCAUAUAAGUUUUAAAACAAGUCAUUUCAAAGUCAGAUGCACACAGCUUGCUUAAAGUAGCUGUAAUUAUUUAUGAACUGUUGUUACCUUAGUCACCACCCCGAGCACUGUCCACCGCCCCACCCCCUUUUGCAAAACAAACCCCCAAGAAAUAUCGCACGCACCAUGUCGAGAAAACGCUGUUCAAUCGAUGGAUGUCUGGAAACGAAAUCAAUGCACAGGCUUCCGAAAAACAUUAAUGUACGAGACCAAUGGUUAAUGUUUAUUUAUUCAGAAAUUCCACAACAAUUUAGUUUGAAUUUAGCCGUCUGCUCUAAACAUUUCACAAGCGACUGCUUCGUCAAUCUGGCACAAUUCAAUGCCGGUUUCUGCAAGAAUCUCCUCAUCAAAGAUGUUGCAGUCCCUACGUUGGGUCCGACCUCAAAUCCACAACCCAUGGUGAAAGAUUUACCUUUGUUGGCAUCUGGACAAUCAUCCCUUACUAAGGAACCGUCAACCCAAACCGCAGUAAGGGUGAAAGCAAAUCCAGAAAGUGACAGACGGCUUGCUAAAACGAUAAUCGACAUCGGCAGUGCUUUUGCAUUGUGGCAAAAGUUCAGAGAUGAAAAUGGAUUUAAGACUGAUACUGAGCUGGCUUUUUACUUGCUAAGGAGGACGGCGUGCUGUGCAGAUCUUUCAGCUCGGCAUAAAAAGAGAAAAUUGGAUCCGUUACCUGAUGUGGCUUCAGAGGAGUGUGAUAGCGAAUCAUCUCAACCCAGAAAUGGACAUCAUUGCACUGAUGAAGAUAUGGAAAUCCCAGAGAUCUGCUGUGAAGUCCCUCCUCCAUCCCAGAGAGUUGAACCAGCACAGACCGAAAUAAAAUCAAAAAACCAACUUAGGUCGGAAGACCAGCUGAGGUUGGAAGACCGGAUAAAGCAAGAAGACCAGACAAAGUCAGAAAGCCAGAUAAAGUUGGAGGACCAAUCUGUUGCUCCAGCAUUAAACAAUGAAGAUAUCCUUCCAGAGAGUUCUACUUCAAUUAUUAAAAUUGAAAUAAAAGAAGAACCAGUAGAGACUGAAGUACAACCAGAAAACAGACUUGAGGUCAGCAUGGACUCUGUUACUACAUCAGACAAAAUCACUCAGAGUUUUGUUCAGACUGUAAACUCAGUUUCAAUGGAAGUAAAAGAAGAACAUACAGAAGGACCACUUGUGCACAAUAAAACUCAUUUUACAGGACAGUCUAGGACCUGCUUUCAAUGUGGAGAUUCAAUGCUGGAACAUACAACCGGAUCAUCUGGGAGUCUCAACCAACUUCAGUGGAAAUGUUCAAAUGGACAUCUCAUGUGUCUUUUCUCCAACAACAACCCAACACAGACACAAACACAUCUGAGCUAGUUUAUAUAUAGUUACAUGUCAUUUAAAUAAAAAUUUACU